AUGGAUGGUGUUGAUCCUGUAUACACAACUUUAGCAUCAAACGUGAAGAUCCAGAAUGGAGGCACUGAGAGAUUUAAAGAUGCAACAUUAUAUCGUGGUGUGGUAGGUGCACUGAAGUACUUGCAUUUGACAAGACCUGACAUCUCUGUGGAAGUCAAUAAAGUUUUCCAAUACACGCAUGAUCCGUACGUUGAGCAUUGGGAACUUGUAAAAAUAAUUCUACGGUGCCUAAAGAGCACUGUUGAUUAUGGUUUUCAUCUUAAUGCAUCACAUGACUUCUCUCUUCAUUCCUAUUCAGAUGAAUAUUGGGCCAGCAGCUUGGAUGAUUGGAGAUCAACUACUAGAUACUGCAUUUAUUUUGAUGGAAAUUUGAUAUCUUGGAGGACAAGAAAACAGAAGACAUUGUCAAAAUCUAGUACGGAGGCAGAGUACAAGUGA